AUGACCAUGCUUAAUGAUUCGAACCUUUACACAAUAGGCUGGAUAGCAGCUCUGCCUAUUGAGCGCGCAGCAGCGAUCGCUUUGCUCGACGAACGCCACGGAACUCCUGAAAGGUUUGAGCAACAUCAAUCUGAUACUAAUUCCUAUGCCUGGGGCCGAGUUGGCGUCCACAACGUCGUCAUCGCCUCACUCCCUGCCGGUGUGUGCGGAACCACUUCCACAGCGACGACCGCUGCCAACCUUCUUUCGUCUUUGCCACAAAUCAGGAUCGGUCUUUUGGUGGGAAUUGGCGGUGGUGUCGCCCGACCAGACCAAGAUUACGAUAUUCGGCUGGGCGAUGUCGUCGUAAGUCAGCCCCAGGGAACCGAAGGCGGCGUCGUUCAGUACGACUUUUUCAAGGCGACGACGAAUGAGUCUUGGGAACGCAAAGGAUGUCUCAACAUGCCACCUCCGAUUCUCCUGAAUGCGUUGGCGAGUCUGCAGGCCGAGCACGAAAUCGCGCCUUCUAAAAUACCCAAUCUUCUGCAACGGAUGUGGGCAGCCCAUCCGCAUAUGAAGAGGCCGAAAAUCAACUCACCCGCCUAUGUCCAUCAGGGUAUAGAGAACGACCGGCUUUUCAUAUCGACCUACAAUCAUACUGGCGGCAGCACCUGUACGUCCUGCCACACGUCCAAAGAAGUCAAGCGCAAGCAGCGAGCUACAACUGAUCCAGAGAUUCAUUACGGGAUCAUUGCUUCUGGAAACAAAGUUAUAAAGGAUGCCGCCACUCGAGACCAAAUUGCAGGUGUCGUGGGUGAGGAUUGCAUCUGUUUUGAAAUGGAAGCCGCCGGACUCAUGAACCAUUUUCCUUGCCUUGUCAUCAGGGGAAUUUGCGACUACGCUGAUUCACAUAAGAAUGGUCUCUGGCAGCGGUAUGCUUCUGCAACCGCCGCUGCAUUUGCGAAAGAGCUUCUUGGUUUCAUCCCCACUCAGCACUUGAAAACUAUGCAGGGGUCUAUUGGCAUAUUCAAAUCGAUUAGUAAAGAUGUAGAGAGCAUCGAAUCGAUCACAACUGAUAUAAAGAAAGGAGCACAUAACAUACAUACUGUCGUCCUUGAUAUCGACCGGAAAGUGGUACUUGCGCGCCUCGAAGACGAAGUGGCCGCCGGAGCCGCGUUUGACUCUCCCGCUGAAUUAAAAAACUCCACAUGUCUGCCAAAUACACGAGUUGAGCUCCUGCAACAAAUAUCAGCUUGGGCUGAGGAGCCUGGCACCGAGCCAGUCCUGUGGCUUAACGGUAUGGCGGGGACCGGGAAGUCUACCGUAGCUCGGACUGUCGCACACAUCUUCGCCGCCAAAAACCGCCUUGGCGCUAGUUUCUUCUUCAAAAGGGGUGAAACCGAUCGAGGAAGCAUAUCCAAGUUCUUCUCAUCAAUCGCGGCCGAUCUGACGAGAAGAGUAACUGCCAUUGCUAGUUACGUCAAAGAUGCCAUAGAUAGCGAUCCUGCUAUCUUCAGGAAGACGAUGCAAGAGCAGUUCGAAAAGCUUGUUUUACAACCCCUGUCCAUGAUUCAGUCACCUGUACGGGAGAAGGAAUCAAUUUUGAUCAUUAUCGAUGCUCUGGAUGAGUGCGAUCAGGAGGACGAUAUCAAACGCCUGCUCCAUCUUGUAACCAGCGCUAAGUGCCUGCAAGCUGCGCGACUAAGGAUAUUCUUAACAAGCCGACCGGAACUACCGAUUCGACUUGGUUUUACGCAAAUCGAGAGCAGAUAUCAUAGCAUAGUUCUCCAUGAAGUAUCCACAUCCGUCGUCGAGCAGGACAUAUGCGUCUUCCUAGAGCACGAGCUUUCCAUCAUCCGUGGUGAAUACAAUGCUUCGGUUCCCGAGUAUCGGCGACUGGCCACAAAUUGGCCUGGGCAACCCAAUAUUCGCUCACUUGUGAAAAUGGCUGUUCCGCUCUUCAUUUUCGCCGCCACGGUUUGUCGCUUCGUCGCCGAUCGCAAAUGCGGAAAUCCCGACCAGCAAUUACAAGAGGUUCUCCAAUUCAAACAAAUACGCGAAGGGUCGCAGAUGAAUGCGACAUAUCUUCCUAUUUUAAAUAGACUGGUUGACGGAGUGUCUGGAAAGCGCCGAGAUGAAGUCCUGCGCCAGUUUCGAUAUAUCGUUGGUUCCAUCGUUAUCCUCGGGACGCCUUUGUCAACAGCUGUCCUAGCGCAAGUCCUCAACACUCAGAGGGAUGUUAUUGACGCCAGAUUAGACCUCUUGCACUCAGUCCUGAGCAUUCCAUCGUCGGCAAAUGCUCCCGUGAGACUGUUCCACCUCUCAUUUCGCGACUUCCUCCUAGACCCUAAUAUGACGGCAAAGAUUCCGUUUCGAAUAGAUGGCACACAAGCUCACCAGAUGAUGGCAGUCAACUGUCUGCGUUUGAUGGAGUGUCUUCGCCAAGAUAUAUGUGAUGUUAGAGGCCCUGGUAUACAUCGAUCGGCAAUACAUCCCACGAAAGUACGCGAAUGCCUUCCUCCAGAAAUUCAGUAUGCCUGUCUAUACUGGGUGUACCACGUACAAGGUGCGGGAAAUCUCGUCGUAGACGUUGAGCUAGUCCACAGUUUCCUCAAGCGCCAUUUCCUUCACUGGGUUGAAUCACUAAGUCUCAUUGGAAGGGCCUGGGAAAUUCCUCGACUUGUUAAGUCACUGCAGUCAUUCUAUAAGUAUCAAGAUGACAAACAGCUCGCUGAGUUCCUUGACGAUGCCGUGAGAUUCGUCAUUGCCAACCCUUCCGUCAUCGACACAAACCCACUUCAGAUAUAUUCUUCUCUCCUUAUCUUCUCGCCGACAAGGAGCAAGGUUCGCACCACAUUCAAUGACAAGAUCCCGCGGUGGAUAUCUCUACAGCCGAGGGUUCAUCGCGAUUGGGGCCAAUGCUUGCAAACCUUUGAAGGCCAUGGGACAUGGGUUAGGUCGGUUUCCUUCUCGCAAGACUCAGCAUUUGUAGCGUCAGGGUCCGACGAUAAGACGAUACGGAUCUGGCACACUGCGACUGGUGAGUGCAGGCAGAUACUGAAGGGCCAUGGCAAGUUGGUCAGUUCGGUAGCCUUCUCACAUGACUCGGUGCUCGUCGCAUCGGGUUCUCAUGACGGGGCCAUACGCAUCUGGCGCACUGCCACAGGCGAAUGUAUGCAGACGCUUGAAGGCCACGAAAGCUGUGUCACGUCAGUAGCCUUCUCACACCACUCGGCUUUGUUGAUUUCAGGUUCUUACGACAAUACCACACGUAUUUGGCGCACUGACACGGGUGAAUGUAUACAGACGCUAGGUGGCCACAAUAAUUGGGUUACGUCGGUAGCCUUCUCGCACGACUCGGCCCUGGUGGUUUCUGGUUCUCAUGACAAUACAAUACGAAUCUGGUGCCCUAUCAUAGGCAAAUGUAUUCAAACGCUGGAGGGCCACGAUAGCUGGGUCACGUCGGUAACCUUUUCGCAUGAUUCAGCAUUUAUAGCGUCGGGUUCUCGUGACAACAAAAUACGGAUCUGGUGUGUAGGUACGGGCAGAUGCGUGCAAACGCAUGGGGGUCACGGUGACUUCGUUGAGUCAGUAGCCUUCUCACACGACUCGGCGAUCGUGGCUUCGGGCUCUAGCGAUGGCACAAUACGGAUGUGGGAUAUUUCCACAGGCGAGUGUUUGCAGACACUUACGGGACAUGGCGAUUGGGUCGAGUCGGUAGCCUUCUCACAUGACUCGACGCUAAUAGCAUCAGGAUCUCGUGAUAAUACGAUACGAUUUUGGCACACUACCAUAGCCAAGAAUGUACAAAUAUAUGAAGGCCACAGCAGCUGCGUCGAGUCAGCGGUCUUCUCUCACGAUUCGCAACUUGUAGCGUCGGGGUCUCGCGAUACAAUGGUACGGAUCUGGCGCACCGCAACAGGUGAAUGUGUCCAGACGCUGAAGGGCCAUAACAAUUGGAUCAGGUCGAUAGCCUUCUCACAUGACUCGACACUUAUAGCUUCUGGAUCUCGCGACACGAUGAUAAGAAUCUGGCACACCGCAACGGGUGAAUGUACGCAGACGCUUGAGGGUCAUAGCAGUUGGGUCACGUCGGUAGCCUUCUCGCACGACUCAGCACUCAUAGCGUCGGGUUCUCGUGAUAACACCAUACGAAUCUGGCGUCUCGCAACGGGGAAGUGUGUUCAGACACUUGAAGAGCAUGGCAGCUGGGUUGAGUCAGUCGUUUUCUGCAGCGACUCAGCACUCAUAGCGUCAGGAUCCCGUGAUCAUACGCUACGGAUCUGGCGUGUCACAACAGGCGAGUGUGUGCAGACACUUGAGGGACAUGACGACUGGGUGGAGUCGGUUGCUUUCUCGCACGAUUCAGCGCUUGUAUCAUCGGGUUCAAGCGAUAACACGAUACGGAUCUGGCGUGUUGCCACUGGCGAUUGCGUGCAGAUACUCUCUAUUGGGCUCUCUACAUCUCGCUUCUUCCACUGCAGAAUCCGUGAAAGCUGCAAGGGCUCGUCAUUCAUUUUUCAGCAUUACAAAGGACAGGUGCUGGGUCACAUGGAACGAGAAGAGAUUACUUUGGCUUCCAAGGGAAUAUCGUCCCUUACUAUCGUCAACAACUGGGAUGCUGCCAGUGGAGAUAUCAGGAUCCACUCUCGUGAUUGGAUGUAA